AUGGCGGAUCCACCGCCCAGACCGCCACCACACGGUCAGCAACCUCGCCCACCCGGCGCAAUGCCAGACGGAAAUUACGACAUCUUCAUCAUCCCCCCUCACUCGGCCGGGUCAGGCUUCCUCUACCUACCCUCUCUGGCCGUCCAACGGAACAGCUUCCUCGCUGGAGUCGCGGCGACGCUAUUGUCGGUAGGCCUGUAUACGCUCGUCAUGCCGGCGGUGAAGCAAUGGAUGAACACAUUGAUGGCCAGCGGAGGGGUCGGCGUGCUGUUGUUGGUGAUAGGUGUAGGCGUGGCAGGAUGGGCGUGGGGUAGAACCCAGACGGAGACACAGGGAGGGUCGGGUAACGCUGGGGGCAGCGCCGGAGGAGGAACUCAUCAGCAGCACUCAUACGAGCCACCGCCUAAAGCGAAUGGGUGGGCACCUCCACCUCAGCCAGAACCACAGCCGCAACCAGAACCUGAGCCACAACCGCCGCCUCCACCUCCACCACCUCCAAAGCCAGAACCGAAACCGAAGCCUGCGACCGCCAGCGGAUGGGAAAAGGCGCGCGAAGAGACUCGUAAGCGGGAGGAAGCUCGCAAGAAGGAAGAAGAGACCAAACGGAAAGCCGAAGAGUUCCGCAAGAUGCGCGAAGAAGCCGAGCGAGCAGCAAAGGCUAAAGCUGAAAAGGAGAAAUGGGAGCAAGCGCGGGCUCGAGAGAAGGAACAACGAGAACGCGAAGCACGCGAACGCAUCGCUCGAGAACGAAUGGCCAGAGAGAAGGAAGCGAGAGAGAAAGACACCCGCGAGCGCGAGGCAAGAGAAAAGGCCGCCUCCGCCGCCCCGUCCAAACCACGCUCCACUCCAGUCAAACCCUCCGCUUCCGCCUCCGCCUACCGCAAACCUACCGCCCACUCCGUCGAGAACGAAGAAUACUCCUUCCGCCCCUACGACUCCGCGCCCUCCCAAACCCGGAACCGUCGUCCCGCGCACCAGUCAUCCGCCUCUUCCGUCUCAGGGGUGAGCGAGUCCUCCUUCGCGCCCUCUGCCACCACCGCACGCACCACACCCCCACCCUCCCACCGCUCGGGUCCGUACAGCACGAAGGACCCCGACAAAAUCAUGCUCAAAGCCGUCUACCUCUUCUCGGACUCCCACCCGCUCAAACCCUCCGCCUCGCUCCUCGCCUCCACGGGCGCGGUAACCGACGGCUUGAUCCUGCACAUCCGCACCGACGGCCUCUUCAUCGACGAUGACGUGCGCGGCGUCCCGCAGCGCGAAUGGGACGUCAAAGCCUGGACGCUCAAACUCGUCGAAGACGGCAUGACGAAGGGCGGGGAUGGCAGGGGUCUGCAUGUGGUCCGGGCGAGCACGAGGGAUAUGGAAAAUAAGAAGUAUGUUUUCGUGCUCGAGGAGACGGAGGCGUGGAAGGUGGCGGUGGGGUUGGCGCGGUUGCGGAAGGGGAGUCAGGUUAGGGCGCUUGGGAUGAGUGGGAUGAAGGAGGGGGAGGUUAGGGGGUUGCUGGGGGGGUUGGGGUGGGUGUAG